AGUAUGAGGGGUCUCGCGCGCGGCUGCUACGUCACUCCGGGGCCCGGGGAGUUUGGGCCUGGGCCGUGAAAGAGUACUUAGUUUCCUGGCCUCUGGAGUCUCGUCCUCCAUCGGUGACUUCAGAGAACCUUUCAAGAGUUGGCUGGAAGCUGCGGCCCUUGUUAGAGAGGGGGCGCCUCGUCCCUGAGGCGCAGGGAGCCACGCAGCGUCCUCUCCAGCUCUCCGCGGUGGUUGAACACACAGCUGUCCUGGAAUUGCGUUUCAGGCGACCUUGAGCGCAGAGGGACGCCUGGCCUGUUGUAGUUCCUGCCUGCAGGAACUUUGUGGGCAUUUCGGUAUGUGGAAAAUUGCUCUGUUCCAGCUGGUGUGAAUCCAGAGGUCUUAGUAUCAUACCAGGACCAAAAUAUUGUGUCGGCCAGCUGAGGACCCCCAGAAUCCCAUGGGUUUCUAAUUCCAUUUGUGCAGGAGCGCCAUGGCCCGUGUUGUCUUGAUUCCUGGGUUGACUCGUAGCACUGUGGGAGCCAUCUGCACGCAGGCUGCUUCGUGGAGAUUAACAGCCAGCACUUUGCGUCACCUUACUCUAACCAGCAUAAUGAAAUCCAAAAGGAAAACUGAUCACUUGGAGAGAACUGCAAGUGUCCUCCGACGGGAGUCCUUGUUCGCCCCACUGUAGAAGCACCUCCUAGCUCGUCAGAGCAGCACUGACAGUUGAGACAGGAAGGUGGACGAGCUCACUGCCCUUCCCCUGCAGACUGUCAAUCAUACUCAGGCUAUAGAAAGCUAACCUGCCAGCUGAAGGGUGCCGAGGAUCCUCACCCUUUACCUCAGUCAUGGCUACAGCUAAGGUGUGUGAAAUUGCCCAUGAGUCUCCAUCAGUGAAGAGCCUCCGUUUGCUUGUCGCUGACAAAGACUUCUCUUUUAAGGCUGGCCAGUGGGUUGAUUUCUUUAUCCCAGGAGUCUCCGUCGUUGGUGGGUUUUCAAUUUGCUCCAGUCCCCAACUGCUAGACCGAGAGAGAAUAAUAGAGUUGGCAGUGAAAUACACUGACCACCCUCCUGCUAUGUGGGUUCACAAGGAGUGCACACUUGACUCUGAAGUGGCGCUCAGAGUGGGUGGAGAGUUCUUCUUUGACCCUCAGCCCACAGAUGCCCCUCGAAACCUCGUGUUGAUUGCUGGAGGGGUUGGGAUUAACCCCCUGCUUUCCAUCCUGCGCCACUCAGCAGAUCUCCACCGAGACCAAGCGGACAGAGGAAGAGGCUAUGAGAUAGGAGCAAUAAAACUGUUCUACAGUGCCAAGAACACCAGUGAACUCCUGUUUAAGAAAAAUAUCCUCGAUUUAGUAAAUGAAUUUCCUGAGAAGAUUACAUGCAGUUUUCAUGUUACAAAACAGACGGCACAAAUCAAUGCAGAACUUGAGCCAUACAUCACAGAAGGAAGAAUAACAGAGAAGGAGAUACGACACCACAUUUCAGCAGAGACUCUGUUCUAUAUCUGCGGCCCACCUCCAAUGACGGACUUUUUCUCUAAGCAACUGGAGAGCAGCCAUGUUCCCAAGGAACACAUUUGCUUUGAGAAGUGGUGGUAGGGAGCAGGCCCAGAAGACCUGAGAGCCACUCAGGAGGGUGAGACUGUUUAGGAUUUGUGGGUUUGCCUCCGCCUGAGCUAUCUUUUUUUUAAAGCUGUGAACUAAGUGUCCAACCCAAGACUAAAAGAAAAACCAGCAACAGAUUUACACAAUAAACUCGGUGUCGACUCGUUA